CAACUACCCCAGAAAUGUCAGGGCGACCGCGAGAUGGACGAUAAUGGCUGCGUACGAGAUGUCUUCGCGACGGACGAGCUGUGGAAGCCCUCAAGCUUCUUCGAGGAUCCCUUCACGCAGGAAUCUACACUGUUCGCGCCUAUAGAGCUGGAUUUGCCAUCGAUCCAGCUAGACCAUCCGUAUGCCCCCAAAGGACCCUUGGACAAGGCACUUCAGCUGCCGGAUCUCGAAUCGUUUAAAUUUGAGCCCUUCCCAGAGCUUGAUAGCCUUGAGCCAUCGACUAUCUCCACCGACACCCCGCAAUUAGACGAGCAGGAGGAGGAUAUAUGGCGCCUUGCCUUGGAAUCUGGCCCUGCCAACAAAGAUCUGAAGUUUUUCAGUUGGGAGGCAUUCGAGAAUCCGGACCAUGUCGAGAAGCGAUCACCGUACAUUGCAGAGUCCGGUACCGCUGCUCUUGAUGCAGCUUUGGCUAGUCACGAGGGCAAAUUAACCGCCAAAAUCAUCAAGAGGCAGUCCCUUCUGAGCUGUUUGUGGAAUCUGGGCCUUGGACGCUCUUCACUAUUGUUUCAACUGGAUACCAAAUCAAGCGCUUUCGUGCAGGCCAUCGAUCAGGGACGAGCCUCGGGCCUGAGCCUCCCCGCUUCGCAAAGUAUCGUGAAGCAAUUCCUCCGAACUGGCAAUUUGUUCGUUUACCUCCGCUCUUUCAUAGAACGUACAUUUGCAUCGCCCACUUCCAUAUCGACAAAAGUUGCAUUGGCCACAUGUGUAUCCAGUAUCUUGUCGACCUUUGAGGAUUAUCUUGGUACACAUUCGAACGAGAUAACAUCUUUGCUCCAGUUGCAGCAACUGUUCGCUAAACCACGGGUGAUUCUAGCUCAUGUAGGCCACCUCGUCGACGCUUUGAAGAAUGCAAAGACAAACGAGCAUCUCUCGUCCUUACUACAUCACAUCGUCCUGGGGUUGGAAGGAGGGGACGAAGUUCUCUGCAGAUUGUCGGCAGAAAUACUUCGCAGGGUGGCACAGCCUUGUUUGGAACUCAUAGGAGAAUGGAUAGGGACUCAGAGGGAAUCAAGCACAACUUCCAUCGAAGAGCGAGGCAGCUUUGUUCUGCUAGCAGACGGCCCUGACAGUCCGGAUCCGCGAGAGUACACAUACAGAUCAGAGAUGAUGCCUCGAUUCAUUUCACCUGAAGAUGGCAAUACUAUUUUUGAGACAGGCAACAGUUUACGAUUCCUAAAGCUUCAUCACCCCGAACAUCCCUUGGCCUGCCCGGAGAAAUUUGGCCUUUCGUCCCCUAGGUUAGAUUGGGAGUUCGGGUGGCAGGCCAUUGAGGACAUAUCGUCAAAAGCAAAAUCAUAUGAGGAAAGUUUACGCACCGCAAUCAAACAAUACUCACAAACCACGGAGGUGGAAGAGAGAGAACGAGAUAAUUCACGAUCGACAAGGGACAACAAUAUAGUUGAGGCGGAACCGGAUUUUCAGCAAUAUAUUGAAGAGUCAGCACAGCUCUUUGACCAGGAUCCACAGCAGACCUUGGAUUUCCUGCCCGAUGAGCUACGGACGAUUACUGCUGAUAUCUUGACGGGAUCUGAUGCAAAGUCCUAUUCUGAACCCGAGUCAAGGAUUUUCGCACCGCCAACCUCCAUCACAUCCACACUUUCCUUCCGGCCUCUGUUGCUUGCUCAAGCCAAGAUAGUGAACGCAACCACGCUUCGACUCUUCUUCCGAUCGCAUAAUUUACGGAAGCAUCUCUCGCUACAAAGGCAAUAUCAUCUAUUGAACGAUGGAGUGUUCUCCUCACGACUCGCCUCCGCACUCUUCGACCCGGAGCGUGAAACAGCCGAGCGGCAGAAAGGAACCAUGCGAAGUGGUGUACAGAUGGGGCUACAACUUGGAGCCCGAACCGAAUGGCCACCAGCAAGUUCGGAGCUUCGACUUGCUCUCAUGGGUGUUCUUAGUGAAGCUUACCACUCCUCUGCUCUCUAUCACUCCACACUCAACGCCCCGGACACCACCGACGCCCCCUUUGCCAACAACCGAGACAAAGACGAACUUCCCGGCCAACUCAACUUCUCCAUACGCCAACUCACCGAGCCGGAGAUGGAAAAAAUCAUGGAUCCAGACUCUCUCUACGCCCUCGACUUCCUCCGCCUCCAAUACGUUCCCCCCUCCCCUCUCAACCUCGUCAUCACCACCUCCGCCCUCGACAAAUACGACACCAUCUUCAAAUUCCUCCUCCGCCUCCUCCGCAUGCUCUUCGUAGUCUCCCAUCUCCCACGCACCUACCCAUCCUCCCCACCCGCCCGCCGCUUCCGCACCGAAGCCCACCACUUCGUCACCGCACUCUCGACAUACAUAUUCCAAACCGGCAUCGCCGAGCACUGGACGACCUUCGAGACGUACAUAUCGAUGCUGGAGCAGCGGCUCCGCGAGGAGGACGCCGCGGGCGAACUAGGCACGCGCGUGACGUCGGGUCUCGAGUCGAUAAAAGCGGCACACGAGCAGUGUCUCGAUGGGAUUAUGUUUUCCCUGCUGCUCCGUAGGCGCCAGAAGAAGGUGCUCGCGCUGCUGGAGGAUAUCUUCGAGUGCAUUCUGCUGUUCGCGAAGACGCAUCGUCCUGAAGCGUCGUCCGGGAAGGAAACAAAGGCUCCGGCCAGUGUUGACGAGGAGGAGCUCUACGCGAAUCUGAAGGGCAAGAUCAGGGUGUUCAUCAGCGUGUGUAGGGGACUGACGGGCAAGAAGGGAUAUGGCAAGGGGCGCGGCACGGGGGAAGAGAAUACCAUCGAGAGGCUUGUCACCGUGUUGGAGAUGAAUUCGUAUUAUAGUCGCUAGGCAUCUUCAUCG